UACACAGGUCUGCAAUACCUCCGUUUUCUCUCUUUGGACGGACUUAGAGCCGUUUGUGAUGAAAAUAUUUUCGGCAUCCUUUCUCUUCCAAACUUGCACUGUCUUCGCAUACCUUCCACGCGAGUAACGGACGCUGGAUGGAUUGCGGCUAAGCAACACUUAAAUCUGAUCGGUUGCAGCUGCUUACCUUUGCGGGAGUUGAAUGCAUCUGGCCUCGGAUCCUCUCUGACGAACUCUGGCUUGAGCGCGAUUGUCUCUCUCUUUCCUCUGCUCAUGCGCUUGCACUUGAGGACUGCUCAUAUCACGGAAGACAUAGAACUCGCAGUUCCGACCUUGGAACAUCUCACCUAUUUGGACAUAACCUGCUGCCAGCAACUCUACUGCCUGCCACACGUUUUUAUACCUCCCUGCAGGGUGUCACUCGCUCACACUGGGCUGACCGAGAUACGCUUAACACACUGCAGUAUGUUGGAUUUGCUGACCGUUGUGCACCAGCUCAGAGGUCAACCAAUCCGAUGUUUGCGGGGAUUUGAAACGUUGGACUCGUUGAACGAACUAUCACUGGAAGCCUAUGCCGCGGCUGGAUUUCCUCUCGUUGAACUUAAUUUGCGCCCCAUCAAUUUCGACUGGAUGGUUCAAUCGCCAAGACUCCUAGCUGAGAUUUUGCUUCUGGUGGACCCCUCACAUCUUCUUUGGCUGCACUUACCACAGCAGCCCAUUCAGCGAGAGGAUGGAGAUGACUCCCUGGCAGUUGCGCUACGACACCUGAAGAGAUUUGAGCACCUGACAUCAUUGGGUAUGGGUGAACAAG